AGCAGAUAUAGCCCUUAUCUCUGCUCCCAUCAAGUCAGGAUUCUCUAUCCAGGGGCUAUGAUACUCAGAUCCUAAAAGCCCCGUGCUGGUUCUAGGCUUCUUUCCUCUGUCUUCUAGACUGUUGUCUGGUGGCUACAUUGGUACAUGACGGUCCCAACCUCCUCAUCACCCGUCGGCACCCCCAGGCACUGCUACUUCCUCUCUCUAGCCCCGGAAACUGCAGAAUCACCUGAUCCGGAUGGUUUCCCAGCUUAAUCACCAUGACUAAACAACCAAGCUGCCUCUCUGCAACUUAUUUGGAUCCUUAUCUUUUCACACCGCAAGCUUUUUUAUUACUUCUAGCUAUCUUAUCUCCGCCCCUCUCGCCUACCCCUCUCAUUUUAUUUACCGGGACUUAUAUAUGAAGACCUCUGACACACCACAAUCCCCAGAGCAGAAUCCCUACAUUCUUUCUUUGGAGAGACAAGUUAUUCUGGCUUCAACUAGUAUUUCUGAGGCAGCAGAGUAUAAUUCACAGACCAGCUGGAAAUCCUUGGGAACACAGGAGUUGGUUCAUCCCCUCCAGUUGGCGUGACCAGUGGGAUCAACUUCCGCUGGAUAUUUGCUCUGAAGUUUCCAUAGUUUCAAGAUCUUGGGAGAACUGACAUACGGCUGGCAGAAGGACUUGCUCUGCUCAUCAGUGGUCAUCAGACUUCAGCAUGAUCACCUCUAAGUUGCUGGCUUAUGUGGCAGUUUCAGUUCUCUGUGUCUUCAGAGUCAGCUCCCGGGAUACAUUUAUUGCAGCUGUUUAUGAACACGCAGUGAUAUUACCUAAUGCCACCCUGAUACCAGUGUCCCAUGAAGUGGCAUUAGCAUUAAUGAGCCAAAAUCUGGAUCUUUUGGAGGCAGCGGUCACUUCAGCAGCAAAUCAGGGUGCAGAUAUUAUUGUGACUCCAGAAGAUGGUAUAUAUGGCUGGAACUUUAACAGGGAAACUAUCUACCCAUACCUGGAGGAUAUCCCAGACCCUGAAGUCAACUGGAUCCCUUGUAUUAAUCCCAGAAGGUUUGGCUAUACCCCAGUGCAAGAAAGACUCAGCUGUCUGGCCAAGGACAACUCUAUCUACCUUGUGGCAAAUAUUGGAGACAAGAAGCCAUGCAAUGCCAGUGACUCUCAGUGUCCCCCUGAUGGUCAUUACCAAUACAAUACUGAUGUGGUCUUUGAUUCCCAAGGAAAACUGGUGGCACGCUACCAUAAGCACAACCUUUUCAUGAAUGAAAAUCAAUUCAAUGUACCCAAGAAGCCUGAGGUUGUGACUUUUGACACUGUCUUUGGAAGAUUUGGCAUUUUCACGUGCUUUGAUAUACUCUUCUAUGAUCCUGCUGUUACUCUGGUGAAAGAUUUCCAUGUGGAUACCAUAGUCUUCCCAACAGCAUGGAUGAAUGUUUUGCCACAUUUGUCAGCAAUUCAGUUCCACUCAGCUUGGGCAAUGGGCAUGGGGGUCAACUUCCUUGCAUCCAAUAUACAUCACCCCUCAAACAGAAUGACAGGAAGUGGCAUCUACGCACCUGAUUCUCCCCAAGUAUUUCAUUAUGAUAUGAAGACAAAGAAGGGAAAACUCCUCCUCUCAAAACUGGAUUCUUACCCACACCGCCCUGUAGUGAAUUGGACUUCUUAUGCCAGUAGUAUAAAAGGGUUUUCAACAGGAAAUCAGGAAUUUAAAGGUACUGCCUUUUUUGAUGAAUUCACGUUCCUGGAGCUCACAAGCGUCACGGGAAAUUACACAGUUUGUCAGAAAAAACUCUGCUGUCAUCUAAGCUACAAGAUGUCUGAGAAGAGAACAGAUGAAGUUUAUGCCCUAGGGGCAUUUGAUGGACUACAUAUUGUCGAAGGGACAUAUUAUUUGCAGAUUUGUACUCUGCUGAAGUGUAAAACAGCAGACUUAAACAGUUGUGGUGGUGCAGUUGAAACUGCCUCUACCUGGUUUGAAAUGUUUUCCCUCAGUGGCACUUUUGGAACCCAGUAUGUCUUCCCUGAGGUGUUGCUAAGUGAAAAUCAGCUUGCCCCUGGAGAAUUUCAGGUGUCAAGUGAUGGACGCUUGUUCAGUGUGAAGCCGCCAUCUGGACCUCUCUUGACCGUGACUCUGUUUGGGAGAGUGUACGAGAAGGACCAGACAUUAAAUGCUUCAUCAGACCUCCAGGCACAAACACUAGAAAUAAUGCUCUUAGUCAUAAUACCAAUUGUGUGCUCAUUAAGUUGGUAGAAUAUUUCCCUUUGCUCUCUUUUAUUUUGUGUAAUUAAAAAAAUGAUGGCUGAGAAAAGAAGGAUGAAGAUCAUAACAUGGUCUCUUGUACAAGUAAUUACAAAUACAUAUACAUAUAUAGUUCACAGAUUUUGUACACACACACAUACACACACACACACCACCCCUAGAUAAUAGAAGCCAGAUAAACAGUGACAUCACUUUGAAAGGUUAAAAUCUAUAAAAUGAGGGUAACAGUUUUACUCACAAUUUUAGGGUUUUUUUUUUUUUUUAAUUUAAAUAAUUGAAUGCAUUUAAAGUCCUUAGACAAGUUUCUGGAUCAUGGAAAGUACUGGAUAUGUGCUAGCUAUUCACAACUGUAUAAUUAUCACAGUAAAACCAUGUGUGAUAUUUUUAUUGCUAAAAUUACAUCACCUCUGAUUGUCUAAAUUUUUAAACAUCUUCCACAGGCUUAGCCACCCUCCAUAUUUCAAUUAGAAAAUCAGUGAACUCAACAUCAGAUAAUUGGUUUAGGCUUGAUACCUAGCAAUGACGUAUUCUGGAAGGCAGCUGGACAUACAGCUCUAACAACCUGUUAGAAGGCCUUCACUUUUUUGAGUGUUUUUCAGUGCCUCUUUAGUGUUUUACCUAUCUUGUUAGCCUAUAAGCAUAUCAAUAGGGUGGUUCUUUUUUUUUUUUUUUUUUUUGAUAGGGUGGUUCUAAAGCAAACAUUUUACCAAAUCUGUACUGUGAUAAAUUUUUGCAUGGCCUUAGGUUUUUAUGUUUCUAAAAGGUUGAAAAACAAAGAAGAAUCAAAAGAAGAAUAAUAUUGUGUGAUAUGUGAAAAUGAUCUGAAAUUCAAAUUUCAGUCUCCUACCUAAAAGUUAUAUUGAGUACAGCCAUGUUUAUUUAAGUGCUGCUUAUGGUUUUUUUUUAAAUUUAUUUUUUACUUAUUUUCAGCAUAACAAUAUUCAUUAUUUUUGCACCACACUCAGUGCUCCAUGCAAUCCAUGCCCUCUAUAAUACCCACCACCUGGUACCCCGACCUCCCACCCCCCGCCCCUUCAAAACCCUCAGAUUGUUUUUCAUAGUCCAUAGUCUUUCAUGAUUCACCUCCCCUUCCAAUUUACCCCAACUCCCUUCUCCUCUCUAACUCCCCAUGUCUUAUGGUUGUUUUUAUGCUAUGGUAGCGAAGUUGGGUAGUUGUGACACAGGCCCUAUGGCCAGAAAAGCUGCCAUUGCCUUGCCCUUUACCGAAAAAGUUUGUUGACUCCUGACCUGAAGUAUAAAAUAACAGUGGAUUAUAGUAUUGAAAACCUUUAAAACAACUCAGGGGGGAAAUUGUCUUUAAGUGUCUUUCUUGUAAUUCUUUCACAAAAGGAAAAAUAAAAUAUCUUUAUUUGUUUUGUAUGAUAUGCCAUCACACACACAUAAGACUACACUGAUUAACUUACAACCAGAUGUGCUAAGUAAACUAAUACCUUGAAUAAGUAAGUAAUUUUUAUGAACAUUAUUAUUUAUUCACUAAAGGAUACACACUGCAAAGUUUUUUUGUUUUUUUUUUGCAUUUGGUAUGUUCUAAAAUUCCUGAAAGAAAGCAUGUUAGUUUUUAUUUUCAACUUUUUCCUGGAAAUCAACUAAGAACUACUCAUCUGAACAUACUAUCUGAUAUUUUCCCCUGUGACAAACUUACUAGCUUGCCUUAGCAUGAUUUUUUUAAAAGUUAAACAUUACACAUAGUGAGUUUACCUUUUAAAAAUGUUUACUAUGUCCAUGCCCAGCUCUGAUACUAGAUUUCUUUAAGACGUAUGUAUUUUAUGAUAGCUUUGAUACGCUUCCUAACUGUGAUUUUUAUUUGCUCUGCAUAAAACAUUUGUGGUGCUCUUUUAAUACAAACAACCCAGUUCCAAAAAAGAUCAAUGUUCAAAUAUGUUUUCCUUAAUUUCUUUGUACCUUGAUGAAUUUGAGUGGUCUAAAGAGCAAUUUUUGAUACUCCUUCAUUUAAAGAUAUAACUUAUUAUCAAUCUCCUGCUGAUGUAAUACACACACACCCAGACACACACACACAUACACACACACACACACACACACACACAGUGUCUUACUGUAGUAGCUCUCUUCCAAGAUGGUCCCCAGUGAUCCUCACCUCCAGGCUCCAUGGAGAGAAAUUCUCCCUGAUUGUUUUGUUGUUAUUGAUUCUUGUAUUCUUUUUUUUUUUUUCCCUAAGAAAGAGAGAUUAUAGAUAGUGAGCACAUUAGUGGAGAAGGAGAAGGAGCUAAGGGGGAGAGAGAAUCUUAAAGGCUCCAUGCCCAGUGUAGAACCCAACACAGGGCUCAAUCUCAUGACCCUGAGAUCAUGACCUGAACUGAAAUCAAGUCUGAUGCUUAACUGCCUGAGCCACCAGGCACCUGUGAUUCUUAUUUUCUUAUGUAGUUCCUGAGCUUUGUCACUUAUAAUAAAUCUGAAUCCAUUGCCACUUUUACUGUAACACAUAUCUGUUACUCAGCUCUGCUUAAGUGUUCUAAAGAUUUUACUUAUUUGUUCUUUUAGUUUUUUAUCUAAACAGUAUAUUUCAGGUCUCAUAGACCGAAUUGUGUCCCCUCUCAAAUUCGUAUAUUGAAGUCUCAACUUUAUACCUGAGAAUGUGAUUGUAUUUGGAAAUACGGUCUAAGGAGGUAAAAUGAUGGCAUUAGGGUGGACCCUAAGCUAGUAUGACUGGUCUUGUCAGAAGAGGGGAUUAGAACAUAGACAUGCACCAAGUGGAAACUAUGUGAAGACACAAAGCAAGAUGGCCAUCUACAAACCAAGGAGAGAGCCUCAGAAAAAAUCAACCCUGCUGAUACUUGAUUUGUAUUUCUAGCCUCCGGAAUCUUGUAAAUAAAUUUUUAUUGUUGAAGCUAA